UUCAUUGAUUUAUCUGAACAGACUUGGGUGAAACAACAUUUGAUUACUUUAUUAAAGACAUGUAACACAGCAGGGGAUAUUUUGAAAGCGAUUCAUUCUUCAUAUUACGAGAGUCAUGUUCAAGGGCCAUGUUGUUUUGUGCUUCAGUUGAAAAGAACAUCUGAAAACUUUUCAAAAAGGGAUGGAUCAGAGUAAAAGCAGCAGUGAUGAGGGUUAUGGACCUCGCCCCCCUCCGUACAACGCUCAGGACUAUGGACAGAACUCUUACCCGGGGAUGAGCUAUCAGGUGGGGAAAGGGAACAUUGCGGUGGUCUCCCCUCCUGCCACCUAUGACAACAUGGUCCACCCUGAGGCCAUGGCUGCAGCUGGAGGUGACCAGCACUACACUCCUCCACCAGACUACUCCAACGGCUCUGAGGACAACGUCUUCAGUGAUGGUGCCAUACGAAGAGGUUUCAUAAGAAAAGUCUACUUGAUCUUGAUGGUUCAGCUGUUAGUGACUGUCGGGAUCAUCUGUGCUUUUCUUUACUGGGAAGAUCUCCGAGAAUGGACAUUUGACAACUACUGGUUUACCUAUGCUAUGAUGGCGACAACGCUGGUGCUCAUCUUGGCCAUGGCCUGCUGCAACAACCUCCGCCGUAAAGUCCCCUUCAAUUUCAUCGCCCUGGGCCUGUUUACUAUUGCAGAGGGCCUGAUGCUUGGAUCCAUUGCAGCGUUGUUUAAUGCUGAAGCCGUCCUGUGGGCAGUGGGGGCCACAGCGCUGGUGUCGUUCUCCUUGACUGUAUUUGCCAUGCAGUCAAAGUGGGACUUCACUGCCGCAAGUGGGAGCCUGUGGGUGUUUGCCUGGACCCUUUUGUCUUUUGGAAUGCUUUGUGCAAUCCUCCGAUCGCAGUAUGUUUACAUCGUCUAUGCCUGCCUGGGAACCCUCGUGUUUUCUUUGUAUUUGGUGUUUGAUACCCAGCUUAUCCUGGGGGGGAAACACAAGAAGUAUGAAAUCUCUCCAGAGGAGUAUGUGUUCGCUGCUCUGAACCUCUAUUUGGACAUUGUCUCCCUGUUCCUCAUGCUGCUGCAGCUCAUCAGCCUCUGCCGCUAACAUUCAACUUCAGGACAUCUUCCCUACAGAAACACUGACACCACUGUUAGUUUAGUAUCAUUACACAGCUCUGCAGGACUAUCUGGAAGAUGUCGUUUUGUAGUCACAAAUCACAGUUUAUUUUAUUCUUAAUGAGACAUUAUUUUCCAGUGUUGGCUUGUUUUUCUAUCCAAAACAUUGAAUUGACUUUAAAUCUUGUUUUUAAGAAGAUUUUCUGCAGUGAGAAACACAGUUGGACUUACAUAUCUUGUAAUGAUAGUUGCAUGCAGCUUAAAUACUUCUGGAAACCAAUUCCAAAAUCUGAACUCACUCCAUUAAAUAAGACAAUGUGUCUCAUUCAUCAGUGCUAUGAAACAAGGUUGGUGCUCUGGUCUUUUUUUCUCUCUACAAAGUAUGGUAUGUACUGUUUCCCAAUGACAACGAGGACAUGUUUAAACUCAACUCAGUUUAUUGGCAUCGCACAUCAAACAGUUUUCAUAUAAAGAGGGAAUGUAUCAAGUAUAGACUAUGAAAGUGCAAAUAGCAUUUCAAGGAUUAGUUGCUUUACAAUAGAAAACCUCGAUGAGUUACAAAAUGUUUAAUGUAGUUUUAAAAUAAAUCCCCUGGACAUAAGAGGUGUAUAACAAAACAAGUACAAAUUCCAUGAAGUCUUGAACCCUUUUCAUGCACAGGUUACCUCCUCUGUUUAACCCACUAACAUUCACCAGCAGAGUCAGCUCCACUAACACUAUGGCACACAGUUUGACAACUUCAAGACACUUUCAAAGCAAUCACUGUCUUCAGGUUUAAUGUGGCUCAAUGUCUGCCCGGAGAAAAAAAAAAAAAAGGUAAUUUAGUUCAGACAUCAGUCUGUACAGAUACUCUUAAUUCACAACAGUCACACACUGAUCAGUGUGUUUCAUUUCAUAUUGGUCAUUCACAAUCCACUUUCUUGAAUGGAUCUCAUUUUAAAUAAAUAUCUGAUUUGUAUUGCAACUUUCCUCAAUUUUAGUGUCUUUAGGCCAAAUACACAGUAUACAAAGAGCAGGUGAAUUCUUUCCAAUGUCAAUAGAGUGAUUUAAAAAAAACAACUGUUUCAAAAUGUAGGGCAGGAAUAAAAAAAAUAUUUUAAAGUGUUUUGGGAACAUGAUUAGAAGGGCUACAAUAACAAUAACUUCAGUGUUAUCCAUCACAUAAUACUACUAGAACCAACAAAAAGCCUCAUGCUACAAUUACUUGAGAUGGAAAACAAUCAAUAUCUUAUGUUUGCACACUAUAUGAGAGAAAUCAUUUUAAGGUAAUAGGUGUUUGUUUAGUUUACACUGUAAAUAUUGUGUAGUUAUCACUGAGAAAUGUGUG